CUGUUUAAUAUGAACUCCAUGGAACACUCCACUAGUAAACGAUCCACCAAGCUGUGAUACAAUAAGUCAAUAAUUUAAGUAGUGACUUGGUUGUUGUGGUGGGACUAGAGGCAACUGUAACUCGGGCAUGGGUUACAUAGUUAGAGCUGGAAGUCUUCUGCUGUUAAAUACACUAAACUAUAAAUAUUCAACUCAAUACUGGCUAUAUUACAUAUAAUCAUUAUUCUUAUUGCAUUUAUGUGUUGUAAAUACAGUUGUUAAUCAACAUGUAAUAAGAUUUUAAAAAUAACUGAUUCUUCUUUUGAAAAAAUCUAUCGUCACACAAUGCAACUCUUUGCCAGGAUUGCGAACAUCCUCCCCCCAUCCUGUGGAUUAAAUCAAAGUUUCUCUAUGUCUUCACCUCAGUUAAUCAGUAAGCCUUUAAAGGUGCUGAAUGCAGACCUGAAGAAAGAACAGUGUUAGAAGGGUCCCAUACAGUCUAUGAAGCAAAGCCAGGCCUCUUACAGUGUCUUCGAGGACCACUACUGAGAAGAUCAUGGACGCCUCGAGUCCCAGAACUGAUGCUGUGUCAAUGGAGCCCAGUGCCAAGCUGUUUUGCUGUGGUUUCAUGAGGAGUUGCAUCCCUCUGGUGUUUAGAGAAGAGCUAUACCACAUCCUGCGAAUGACUGGACCCCUGCUUGUGUGCCGGUUCCUGAAUUUCCUCCUUUUCUUUGUGGUGACGAUGUUUUGUGGCCGCCUGGGGAACACUGUGCUAGCGGGUUAUGCCAUGGCCUCAGCUACAAUAAAUGUAACAGCUGCAGCAACGGGGUUGGGACUUGCUUUGGCAUGCGACACUUUGGUAUCACAGACAUUCGGGAGUAAGAACCUUCUCCGUGUAGGCGUCAUCCUGCAGAGAGGCAUCCUAAUUCUGACCCUCUUCAGUUUGCCCUGCUGGGCUUUGCUUGUAAACACCCAGCCUCUCCUUCUCUAUCUGGGGCAGGAACCCGAGGUGGCCAGGAUUGCACAGCUGUAUGUGGUUGCAUAUUUGCCAGCAAUUCCGGCCAUGUUUCUGUAUCAGCUGCAACUGUCAUAUCUUCAGAACCAGGGAGUGAUCAUGCCUCAGAUGUACGCAUCUGCAGUUACCAAUGUUGCCAAUGUGAUAGUGAACUACUUUCUGCUGUACUGGUGGGAUUUUGGGGUCUAUGGGUCUGCCGCUGCAAACACCUUUGCUCAGGUUUUUAAUUGUUUUGCCCUGUUUUGUUUCAUCCGCUGGCAGAGACUCCAUGAGAAAACUUGGGGAGGGUGGUCUUCAGAAGCCUUGCAGGAAUGGGGGUCCUACAUGAAGCUGGCCAUUCCCAGCACACUGAUGACCUGUUUUGAAUGGUGGAUCUAUGAAGUUGGAGGCUUCUUGGCAGGAAUGCUGAGUGAGGUGGACCUGGCUGCUCAACACGUGGUUAUCAUGCUGGCGUACAUCAACUACAUGAUCCCAUUAGGAAUGCAAGGUGCAGCAUGUGUUCGUGUGGGAAACGCACUUGGUGCUGGGGAAACAGCUGCUGCCAUCCUCACCAGCAAGGUGUCUCUCAUCAGUGCAGCUGUUAUAGCAAUCUUUCAAGGUUUUGUUCUGGGCUCGACAAAAACAGUCAUUGGCUACAUAUUCACUUCCGAUGAGGCUAUAGCGGAGCUUGUGUCUCACCUAAUGAACAUCUACUGCCCUCUUCAGUUCUUUAAUGGAAUACUGUGUGUUGGCAUGGGCAUUCUUCUUGGCACAGGGCAGCAGAAGAUAGCCGCUAUUGCAAACCUCUUUGGCUACUACUGCAUUGGACUCCCAUCGAGCAUUGUUCUGAUGUUCACAGCUAAAUUACAAGUUGCUGGCUUUUGGCUGGGCCUCUUUAUUGCAGUAUUUUUGCUAGCAAUUUUUUUCACUGUGGCUAUUUUUAAAUUAAACUGGAAGAAAUUGACAGAAGAGGCAAUUGAGCGUACAGGAAAGAGUGCAAAUGGAGCAGCAAAUGGAGCAGUGAACCCGAACCAUCGCAACAGCUUCUACCAGGUGGUGCUCAAUGCAGAGUUUCAGAAUGGGAAUGGAUACGUGGUUGUGAGCUCUCAGGACCAGGAUGAGGGGCUCAUCCAUACUGUGGUGCACGAUGGGCCAAACAUGACUCAAGUGGAGGAAACGCCCACAGUUCUGCUCUCUACCGCUCAGCUGAUCCUCAGGAGGGGUCUGACCACCCUCGCUGCUCUUCUCAUCCUAGCUGUAGGAAUAGCCAUCCAUCUCACUGUGCCUUUACCUGAGGUCUCUUACAGUGCUGGUGCAAAUUUUACUUUGGACUCAAACUUUACCACAGCCACUUUCAUCUAGUCAGUGAGUAUCAUUUGAAACCUGGACCUCAGAUAGAUUCACUGUGAAUAUCUCUAUGCCGUGACCAUGAGAGGUAAUGAAGAAAUUGUAUUGAAUUAGAAAAGUAGAAGAAUUUUCACAUUGGUCUGAGGCUGUAUAUUGUGACCUAGACAGAUGAUUAUAUUUUUAUUCUGCGUGCAUUUGCUUUAUCCACAGCAUUAGGCCAAGUAGUAAGAAAAUCGAGCAGCUUAGCAGGAAAAGGUCUGUUCCCCAGUGACACAGUCAUAUAAUCUCUUCACUUGACAUUUCUAGUAAGGCGGCUGGAGAAAUGCUGCCAAAAAGAAGAUGUUCUAUAAAGCCGCUGUCUUAUAUUGAGUAAUCUGUAUUAUUAAACAUGGUGGAAUGAUGGAAACUCGAAGCAAAAGUUGUCAGUUGCAUGUGGAACCUUCCUAAGGAAUCUCGCCUGACUAUAUUAAGGGGCUGUUCAAACAGAACACGUUUUUGUGUUUAAAAGUGUGAAUAGAUUAAAAGUGCAAUAGAUGUGCAUGUUUUAACAUACAGUAGCAUUCUAAAAACACAGUGUUAAAAAAAAAUUCAACUUCAUAUUUUGAUCUUUUUUUUCCAAUCAUAUUUUGUCCAUCCGAAAUACUAAGGCUCCAUCCUAAGCCUACUAAUAUAUAUUCACAUGCUGAUAUGCCUCUCAACAGCUCUGCUUGUUUGUUGCUAACUUGUUAUACUGUAUGUAAAUGUUUGAGCCACCUAUAGGCCAUUAAGAUUAACUAAUCAUAGGAAUUUUCCUGGUUAAACAGUCUGAUGUGAUUGUGACUCUGGACUGUUUUCAAAUAAGUGUCACAUGUGGAAGGCUAAUUCAGCUGCAGGGAGCAAAGAGUAAUAUUAGAGGGGUUGUUUCAUUUGAACCAAUAAAGUCUGUGACAUAAUUUAAAUUGAACAAGACAUAUAAAAACACACAUGCCCUGUGCUGAGCAGUUAGGUGUUUUUUAUUGUAAAAAGAUGACCUUUAAUUAGAUUUAAUUCAUACUUUCAAACAGCUGCAAAAGAUUGCACAUAGCUGACUUAGAGCAGUUUAUCACAAAUGAAAUUCCUGGGUCAAUAAAUCGCUAUCCCAUUACAUAGAGAGUGUCUGGGGUUAUCUGUCUUUAUCAGCUAUAUUCAGAGCCAGGUAAUUUAAGGACAAUUCAGAAAUUUUUAUAUAAAAUGCACAUCGCCAGAUCCUUGCAUCUUGGUCCAGCGUGAAAUCCAAUGACAUCUAUGUGAAAGUCAUAUUUGCAAUGUGGCAUGGUCUCAGUCGACAUAAAACAAAAGUUGUCUUCCAUGUUGCAACAUAUGUCUGAGUGAAACGUUUUUGAACUGAAA